AGGAAGCAUUUUUAAAAUGGGUUAUUUGUCUUAAAAUGGUUCAAUGUUCAUUUGAAAAUAUUUUAUGCUUUAAAGUUGAUGCAACAUUCAUUACUGAGUGUUUGGUUCAUUUUAAGCUUAAGUUUAUCGUGUAUUUAUACUAAUUCGUAUGAUGCACUUGCUAGUUCCUAACACAUCUCGGAAGGUUUUUUUUUGUUUGUUUGUUUGUAGUAACUAAAGGUUUUUUCCAGUCAGAAGCUUUCUGGAGCAUUUGUGCUCCUGAUUAAGAACACUAGAAAACAAAGGUUAUCAAAAAUCCAUCACGAAAUGUACUUAAACCACUUCUAAUUUGUGCAAAAUUAGUUUUGGCAUUAACGUUAAGAUGUCAUUUCCGCGGAGUGUCUUUUAUUUUGACACUAAACUGUCGUGCAUUCACGUGAUGACGACUUUAAGACUGAAACAUGGCUUUUCUUACAGAGGGUCAGUUUACUGCUUUGCAGCUGCUUUUAAAGGCUCCGUCUAAAGAUGUAGUGCGGAAGAUCUGCACAGAGAGUUACCCAGCCGGAGCCUCCAAGUGUCCGUCUGUAGUAGAACAAACUGCUAAUGCUCUCUCUGUGUCCAAUUGCGAAGCGAUACAGUUGCUGACAGCUUUUCACAUGCUCUCGCAUCAUGUUGUGUACCAGAAUUUAACCUCUCCAGAACAGAUCCUGUCACUUUUCCCAGAAUCAUUCCACUCAAACCUGAAGAAUCUGAUCACCAAAAUUCUUCUGGAAAACAGUGUCACAUGGAGAAAUGAAGCUUUGUCCAGUCAAAUUUCACUGCCAAAACUGGUUGAUUUGGAGUGGCGAGUGGACAUGAAAACUGCUUCCGACUCAUUGAGUCGUAUGGCUGUGCCAACAUGUCUGUUGCAAAUGAAACUCCAGGACACUCCUUGCAUUAGCGGCGGUCCAAGUGAGUCCACAGUUACAACGGAGCUGAGUAAAGAGACACUGGACACCAUGAUAGACGGUUUGGGUCGAAUCAGGGACCAGCUGAGUGCAGUGACAAGGAAGUAGAACUGAAUAAAAGAUCUUGCCUCCACACCUGUUUGUGGACAUUCAGACUGAUGGACAUUGGAUGGUUGAUCAAAAUGUAAAAAAACAAUGGACAUUAAACGAAAAAGAAUUGCAUAGUAGGUUAAUUGAUUUAGUUUGUGAAAUGGAGUUUGUUCUUGUUUUGAUUUGUUGUUUGGUUUGUUUAUUAAACUUUGUUAUAUAAAAGUUG